AUGGGUGAUAAAAAUAAAGAUGGUGACGGCCCGGCCGACGACAAGGACAAAAGAGUCAAAAUUAAUGUGGAAAAUGAAGAUGAAGCGGUGGAAGGAGAGGCAGGCCGGAGGAAGAUGAAGAGGUUCCAGAUGCCCAACGUGCCGCGCUGGUGGCAGGCCAAGAUUAUACAAUAUGCUUUCGCCCACCCUCAUGUGCGGGCCCGCCUCGAGAAGCACAUGGGUUCCAACCUGGUCAGCCUCACAGACAAGUCCUACAUGACGGACCUGGAGGAGAGGAUCCGGGAGGUCAACGAGGAGAACCUCAACAAGAGGAUCUCGGCAAGGGUGAUGGAUGAAAUGGAACGUCUCAAGCGUCUGAUCCUGGUCGGUAAGACGCCGCUGAAGGAAUGUCCCCCAGAGCUGUUCCACCACCCGGUCUUCGUGUUCUGGAGAAUGGUGAACCGGGAGGUGGCCAGGGCGUCCAAGAAGCGAGCAGACGCUUACUAUAGAAAACUGAAAGCGUCACAGAAGGCUGAUCAGUCAUUAGAAGAAGAAACAGAAAACGUCCCUGAUGAGGAAGAAGGCGAGCAGUUGUCUUCGGAACAGCUGCUAGCGAAAUGUCGUGAGGAACUGGAAGAGCAGAAACAGGCCGACGUGGAGAAAGGAGUUCGCUUCACAGACGAACAGUUCAAUCUACUCAAAUAUGAGACCAACGAUGUUAAAACACUGAAAUCACUAACGACAGUUGAAGAGCUGUACGCGUUGGCGGACAAGAUCAUUGGCACGAAACGUUUAUAAAAAGUUGUGUAAUUCUUUUUUAAGCGUAAAUGAUUAACUGGUAUUUGCUUUGUCAUCCCGGUAGAACUUAUUGCAUUACGAUACUUGGUACUUCUAUAUUUAUGUCACUGCCUUCACGUUUGUGAAAGAAAUCCAAAAAUUCUCAAAGUAAUUUAUGUAGUUAGUAGUAUAAUUCUAAUUGUUAUCAUCGGUAUCCAAAAUUCAACAUUAAAUAAACUAAAUAUUGUAUUUUAGUUAUGACUUAUAAUCGUGCCAUGCCACUUGGGCUGGCAACACUCGGUGUCUGAGAGAAAUGUAGAAAUGUCAUGUUAUCUUGCGAGUAAGUUUGGUAAGGUUUAGUGUUUCGGUUACCAUUAUUUUAUCGCUAUUAAUAAAUCAAUGAAAAAUAUUGUAAAGUUCAUAAAACUAG